GACUUUGUGGCUGUGGUAACUUGUGACGACCGAACGUUAGUGUCACAGAUGAAAACGAGUACAGGGUUGUGUAGCACAAAUUUUAAAGGUUUUAAAAUGGCAUAUCAUUCCGGUAGUCCGUAUAGAGGAGCUCCACAACAACAAUACAACAACGCAGCGCCGGCGCCGGAUCAAGGUUUUCUUUGGAAUAUAUUUCAGAGAGUGGACAAGGACAGGAGCGCCGUGAUAUCAGACACAGAGCUGCAGCAGGCCUUAUCGAACGGUACAUGGACCCCAUUCAACCCAGUGACGGUCCGAUCAAUCAUAUCCAUGUUCGACAGGGAGAACAGAGGAGGGGUGAACUUCAACGAGUUCGCGGGCGUGUGGAAGUACAUCACAGACUGGCAGAACAUCUUCCGCACUUACGACAGAGACCACUCGGGCUUCAUCGACAAGAACGAGCUCAAGCAGGCACUGACUGGAUUCGGUGAGCAAAGGUAUCGUCUCUCAGACCAGUUCUACAACACUCUCAUAGAGAAGUUUGAUAGGCAGAGGAAGGGACAAGUGGCCUUUGAUGACUUCAUCCAGUGUUGUAUUGUUCUACAGAGGUUGACCGACGUGUUCAGGAGGUACGACACGGACCAAGACGGCUGGAUCCAGGUGUCCUAUGAACAGUAUCUAUCCAUGGUUUUCAACGUUGUAUAGUAGAAACAAGAGCACAACUGGACACAACACUGUGCCAAAUCCUUCCCACCUCCACAACGUGUCUUCCUGGAUCAAGCGGACUGGGACUCUGGG